AAGUGACACAAGUGCUAGCUCCAUUCAGCAUUGAGUUGACUGACUCACUGCUAUCCAUUAGCCGGCAUGCCGCAGAGAAAGAGGAGUUUCACUUUUGGAGCCUAUGGAGGAGUGGACAAGACCUUCUCCAAGGCCAGAAGCAUAUGGAAACAAGAUGGGAGCGACCCCCGAAUUUCUGCAACACUAGAGCCCCAGCUGUUCCAGCCUACACUUCCAUACACCACCUCACCAUUCCACAAGACUACAGAUUUAUUUGAAAUUAUUGAAAGGAUGCAGGGCAACAGGAUGGAUGAGCAGAGAUGCACCUUUCCUCCCCCACUGAAGACUGAGGAGGACUAUAUUCCAUACCCAAGUGUCCAUGAGGUUUUGGGUAGAAAAAGCCCCUUUCCUCUCAUCCUCCUGCCGCAGUUUGGGGGUUAUUGGAUUGAAGGGACUAACUAUGAGCUGAGUGACACAGUGGACACAAAACAGCUGCAGCCUCUGUCCCCGAACACCCGCACCAAGCUGGAAUGUAACACAACAGCUACAAUCUACCGGAAACACUUCCUGGGCAAGGAACACUUUAAUUACUAUUCAGUGGACAGUGCCCUUGGACAUCUGGUGUUCUCUCUAAAGUACGACGUGAUUGGUGACCAGGAACAUCUCCGUCUAAUGCUCAGGAACAAACUGAAAACCUAUCAUGAUGUCAUCCCCAUUUCCUGUUUGACAGAGUUUCCCAAUGUGGUCCAAAUGGCCAAGCUUGUCUGUGAAGAGGUCAACGUGGACCGUUUUUUCCCCGCCCUUUAUCCAAAAGCUUCAAGACUUAUUGUCACCUUCGAUGAACAUGUGCUAAGCAACAAUUUCAAGUUUGGGGUAAUUUAUCAAAAGUUUGGACAGACUUCAGAGGAAGAGCUGUUUUGCAACACUAAAGAGAGCCCUGCCUUUGUAGAAUUCCUGGAGUUUCUAGGUGAAAAAGUUGAGCUACACAACUUUAAAGGUUUCCGUGGAGGGUUAGACGUGACUCACGGGCAGACUGGCACUGAAUCUGUCUACUGCAACUACCGCAACAAAGAGGUCAUGUUCCAUGUGUCCACAAAGCUUCCUUACACGGAGGGAGACACCCAGCAGUUGCAGAGAAAAAGGCACAUAGGGAACGACAUUGUGGCCAUCGUAUUCCAAGAGGAAAACACUCCGUUUGUACCGGACAUGAUCGCCUCCAAUUUUCUCCACGCCUACGUUGUGGUCCAAGUGGUCAACCCCUGCUCUGACAAUGUUCUCUACAGGGUGUCAGUGACAGCACGAGACGAUGUACCUUUCUUUGGCCCGGCCCUACCAAACCCUGCUGUCUUUAAAAAAGGCCCUGAAUUCCAUGAAUUCCUUUUUACUAAGCUCAUCAAUGCAGAGUAUGCCUGCUACAAAGCUGAGAAAUUUGCCAAAUUAGAGGAACGAACACGGUCAGCCUUGUUAGAGACCCUUUAUGAGGAGCUUCAUGUGAACAGCCAGGCCAUGAUGGGUGUUGGAGGAGAGGACGACAAACUGGAAAACGGGAGUGGAGGAGGAAGCGGCUUCUUUGAGUCCUUCAAGCGGGUGAUCCGCAGCAGGAGCCAGUCUAUGGAUGCCAUGGGUCUUGCUUUCAAGAAGCCGCAAACAGUCUCAACUAGUGGCAGCUUUAACUACGACCCCGCAGAGAGCCCCAAAUUCCCAGGGAUAUCAUUGCUUGUCCCAGGCAAAAGUCCCAGUAAAUAUGGACGUCGAGGCAGUGCCAUAGGGAUAGGAACAGUAGAAGAGUCAUUGAUAAUCCCAGGGAAAAGCCCAACCAGGAAAAAGUCUGGUCCUUUCAGCUCCAGGCGAAGCAGUGCCAUUGGUAUUGAAAACAUUCAAGAAGUCCAGGAGAGAAGCAGUAGAGAGAACUCCCCAAAUACCCAGAAGACCCCUGACAGCGGUCACGUCUCUCAAGACCCCAAAUCUGACAACUCAUCUAAUCAGAGCUCUCCUGAGGUGCUCACAACCACCAAGAACAGGGCCCCAUCCAUCCCUGAGGGUCAUGACCUCUCCCGCUCCUCCUCCAACGCUAGCAGCUUUGCCAGUGUGGUGGAGGAGAAUGAGACAGAGGCCACAGAGGACUAUGACACAGGCAUGGAGAGUCUGUCGUCUGCCGGGACGCCACACAAGCGAGACUCCCUCACCUACAGCGCCUGGCUGGAGGACAGCAUCAGCAGCACCAGUACCACCAGUCGCGGUAGCUCCCCAGGGCCUGGCAAACCUGAACGAGGGAAAGGGACAGACAUCCGUAUCAAACUGGAACGACCACACGAUCAUCAGUCCUCAUCGAACUGUUAGCUCCACCCACCUGGUUGUAUCCUGGAUCUCCAUCUUCAGCAUUCCCAUAAGUCACAAUCCCUCGGGGAGAUGAGACAAGUGCAGACGUUCGCCAUGACCAAUGAUCAGAAGGAGGAAGAUGAGAAAGAAGAGAGAAAGCAAGUGGGGCUUGUCCGGUCUGCUGCUCAGUGAGGGCCGGAGUGCAGUAUAUCCAGAAAGCUGAAGGACUCUGGAGAGGAUGACCACAGAGAGGGGCCAGCUUUUGCACAGUGUUGUUUCCUUCCAAUAUUUUCUUUACCUGUUCACACAUCUGUUGCCUAGUUGUAUGUUUUUUACCACACCUUUUGUUUCAGAAGAACACAUUUUAUCUACAAAUGUAAUGGUUUUACUUGUAAAAGAUAUAACUUUGGUUUAGUUUGUCUUGUUAAAGCCCAGUCUGCUGGCUAUUCAGGGUAAAGACAGUGCCAUUGUGCUCUUUGUAGAGAUUGUGAGAAGGACUUUUGCUGCAACAUAGAGAAUAUAAUUGCCUGGAUGGUUUAACCAAAUCAACACAAGUUUUGGCUCAAUAUAGAUCUCCAAUGUAUACGUAAUACCAAAUAGUCAGCAUCAAAGAUGGAUAUUUUCUAACAAAACAUCUAAUGUGAUGUAGAAUUGUUCUCUUGUAUGCUGUAUAAUGUGAUUAUUUUCUGGGUAAAAUCCAAAUUGAAGGACUGUAAAUCUAUAGCAAAACAAUUGUAUUCCUUCUUGUACCACCCAAAUCUCCACACGAUUACAUUUCAAACUUAACACCACAGGUCACAGUGAAGACAGUAAUGUAUAUUAACAUGAAAUGGCCUUAAAAAAUAAAUGUAGAAUUUCUUUGUCCCUUAGUUUUAUUUUACCUCACCUUUAACUCACAUGUUCUGCAGCCAAUAAUGGGAUUGUAGUAUCAGAUUACUUGUAAAACUAAUUUAUUCAGAAUCAUUUUUAAGCACUCUUAAAAAAAUGGUUGUACAUUGCAGUUGUACUGCAUCACUGUCUGUAUAGUCUGCUAAUGUAUGGAUAUAUCCAUCGAUGGCUGAUUUAACUGCUGUGUCUGUCUUGUCUGUUGGUGAGGAGACCAGUCUCUACAGUAUUUUCUGAGUUGUUUUUUUCUCUUUAAUAUAUGUUUUUAUUUAUUGAUUUUGUUGCCGUUAAAGUGACAUUUAUGGCAUAUGGUGACUACAUUCAGCGUUCUGUCAUAUGCUUAUAUUGUAUGUGUUGCUUUGGAGUAAAUUAAUCUUGUCAUCUGUAAAGCUCUAUUUCAAGGGUCAGAUCUCUUUCCGUGCAGUAAUUUGCAAUGAAUUAUAAUAAAACAGUGAAUAUUUAUUUGCUUUUAAUGUGUAAAAAAUAACUCCAAAUACAACUACUGAUUUUGUAAAUAGAUAUUUAGUUGGAGUUUAUAAUGUAUAGGUCAUUGAUUUAAAAUGGGAUUAAAGGACGCUUUGAAAUUACUGCCAAGUUAACAAUUUAUUGUUUUUAUUUUCUUUCCUAUUAUUUUGAGAGGGUUUUCUAAAAGAAAUUUAUUUAAAAGCCAUUCAGACUGUUCUGUAAAAGGGAAAUCUCAGUACAUACUGAUCAUUUCAGUUGCCUUAUCAUCACAAACUGAUGGUGUUAAGUAUAAAUAGCGAAGAAAAUAGUUAAUAGCCAGCAGGAUUUACAAUGAAAUGAAUGUUAUGUUGUUGUUGUUUUUAUUGUAAAUAAUUGCCCUGGGAACUUUACAGUCUAUUGUACACUCAUAAACUUAUUCUCUGACUUUAA